AUGGCAGAUAUUAUGAGAAGUAUUGACUUGGAGCUUGAAUACGACUUUAUGGAUGUUUCCAGUUACCAAGGCACAAGGUCCAUGGGUGAAGUCAGGAUUCUAAAAGAUAUUUCAACAUCAAUAGUUGACAAGGAUAUAUUAAUCGUAGAAGACAUAAUUGAUACAGGUGUGACUCUUUCAUACUUGACUAAAAUUUUAAAGUCAAGGGGAGCAAGGUCCAUAGAAAUUGUAACUAUGCUUUCAAAGCCAUCUAGGAGAAAGGUUGACCUACCUGUUAAAUACAAUGGAUAUAAAAUAGAUGACUAUUUUGUAAUUGGUUAUGGAAUGGACUUCAACGAGAGAUUCAGAGGACUUCCUUACAUUGGGAUACUAGAUGAGUCUGUCUAUUGUAAUAGUGAGGAGUGA